GCCGGUUUUUUCUAAUCGUCAUCCUGGGCGCCGCCGCGUGAACACGACCCCCGGUCAUUUAUUAAUCGUCAUCCUCCAUUAUGUACGGAUCCGUUGCGUUGCUCACUCUGAGAAGGCUGGUCGGCCUGCACGGCGAGCCGAGCAAGCGCAGACUUCCUCACGCGGGUUCGCCUUCUCCCCCCCAGCGCCAAGACCGCGCAUAUGAAUGCCCGUGGCAUGCGACUCUGCGGAUGCCACACCUAAGAACUGACCUUGCCGCGCUGGCGCUGAUGCGGGUACAAAAACGAACACUGGUCUCGAGGCGCCAUGUGCCACCGCUAAACAAUACUGCCGACGCAUCGAGCUCGAGAGGCGGGGCAGCGCAGGUCCUGAAGGCGAAGCGAAAGGAGCGGCGAGCAGCCCGUGCCUUGCUGGCGAAAAAAAAGGGGCGGUGCUCGGAGGCCACCUCGAGAAGAGGAGCCUCGCGGCACGACGAGCAAUCGCCUAGAUCGGGUGUUGAUAAGCAGCCUAGAGGAGGGGAGGAGGAGGAGGAGGAGGAGGAGGAGGAGGAGAAGGAGAAGGAGGAGGGGGAGGAGCCUCGCGUGUCCGAUGCGACAGCUCAGUGCUCGCGGCCUACUCUGCGCACCUCGCGCACCCUGGGCGGUCCGUAUGUCGACGCUGGGUGCCAGGUGGCUGCUGACACUGUCUCCACUCUGUAGGACAAGGGAGUCGUAGCCACCCAAACAGCCAAUCAGACCACCAAGGCCCGAGGUGUGCCUGUUCAGGCGGACGCCCCACUACAAAGAGAAAAAGUGAGCUGCUAUUUAAGCUGGGUCCAAGUCAAUAGCGGAGGAGGACGACCAGGAGGCAGCAGAGGACGGGGGCGCAAGAGGAGGAGGAGCAGCAGGAGGGGGAGGAGAAAAGGGAGACGGAGAAGGAAGGUAGAGCGGAGAGCGAGACGGCGAGAGAGUGAGGUGGCUUCCAGCUCACCUCCACGAGGGGAGGCCAAUCACCAGGCCCCUGCAGGGGCUGGCAGCAUGCUACGGGGGCCCGCCUUCGAGGCUGCACCGCCGCGCUCCUUGCGAGGACGACGACGAGGCAACAGGAAGAGGGAAAGGAGGCAAAGAGGCAGCAGCUACAGUCUGCGCAAAAGGGUCUGGAUGAGCAUGCACGUUCGCUUGCAGGGCAUCCUACUGCAGCGUUACGAAGCGAUGAAUAGAGAAGCCGAUCUGCAAGUUGCAGAGGCAGCCACGGGAGAAAACCAAAAGUCGUAUCGACGAGACGGGACGUCGUCCAGGGAGAGAUCCUGGGAUUCGGGGGGGCGGGGUAGUUCCCCGCCCUGCGCCUUGGGCGCGGCGCGGGAAGCUUGCACCCAGGCCGUGAGAUGCCUCUGGCCUAUCGUCGCGGGCGGAAAACAUAUCCGUACCACCCUCAGGUCGGGCAUGCCCUCCUACAGGCGAAUUUUGGUCGGAAAAAAUCAAACA